ACACCCUAGUUUCUCAUUAUCCAUUAAAAAACACAACAUUGAAUCUUCUCCUCUUCUAUUUGUUUCCCUUUAGUUUCCCUGUUUAUAACUUGCUUCGUCCAAUCCAAAAUGGCUGCUUUUGGUAAGAUGCUUUCGUUAAUUGCGAUAACUGUGGCAUUAUUAGCCAUCAACUCAAAUAAAGCUUGUGCUGGAGACCCUGAUAUGCUCCAGGAUAUUUGUGUUGCUGAUCUCACCUCAACCACGAAAGUGAAUGGAUUUGCAUGCAAGACCAUGUUCACAGAGGCUGACUUCUCGUCAAUGGUCAUUUCAAAGCCAGGAGCCCCCACCAACACAUUUGGUUCCCUGGUCACUGGUGCCAAUGUUCAGAGUAUCCCUGGCCUUAACACACUUGGUGUGUCCCUUGCUCGUAUCGACUACGCCCCCGGUGGCAUUAACCCACCCCACGUCCACCCACGCGCCACCGAGAUGGUUUAUGUUUUAUCUGGUCAACUAUAUGUUGGCUUUAUCACAACAGCCAAUGUCUUGGUCUCUAAGGUCAUUGUACAGGGAGAAGUAUUUGCUUUUCCUAGAGGACUUGUUCAUUUCCAAAAGAAUAAUGGCAAAGUUCCAGCAGCUGUUAUUGCUGGUUUCAAUAGUCAGUUGCCUGGUACACAGUCCAUUGCAACAACGUUGUUUGCAGCUUCACCAAGUGUUCCUGAUGAUGUCUUGGGUCAAGCAUUUCAAAUUAGUACUAUGCAAGUUCAGCAGAUUAAGUCAAGAUUUGCACCCAGGAAAUAGAAGUUCUAUUUUCGUUUGUUUGUUGGGGUGGACAUGUUGAUUGAUGUUGUUCUGUUAAUAAGAGGGUGAGUUUGCCUUCUAGUUUAGUCUGUUUUGUUUGUUCCAUAUCUUUUUGUAAUCUCAAUAAAAGAAUGCUUUUCUCUCUUUUA